CACGUACUACCCUGUAGAUUGAUCAUUCCAGACCAUGACCUACCCAUUCGGAUUGACGAGCCCAACAUCCACCUUUUCCAUUUUAAAUUGAGAAGAUGGUGGGAGGAGAAUAAUUGGGAAUAGACACUAGACCCAGAAAACGCAGGCGAGAAAGAGAAAAUCCUCCGAUGUUGCCUGCAUCUGAUCAGCCGGGGAUAAUGAAAACGACCGUUGGGAAUGAGGUACUUACCUACUGUACGUAGGGCGGAUGGAUCAUACGUAGUAGCCAUGCCUUCUUCUGUUCUUCUCUGCUUUAUUUUAUUCUCCCGUUGUGCUAGGGCUUCGUUUUCCUUCUUGGUCUUUGUUUAUUUUCUUAGUUUUAUGAUUUUCGUUUAUUUGAUUUUUCCCUUUCCGAAAUUUUUCUAUUUUCCGCUCAGCGAGACAGUCAAUGGAAUAAUAAUACGGCUGGAUAUUAUUAUUGCUAUUUUGCCUUCCCCUCGCCUUCCGGAUCCAACCAAGCUUAAUAAGGAACUAGCUUUGGAAACCGAACUAGUGCAGUUCUGGUUCUCGACUUCUUCCGCAUCCACACCGUCAUUCUUCCUCUCGUCGAGCUGCUAUUUGUAUCCAACGAUCCUUUCCUCUCGUGUGCCUCUGGUUUAUCCUGUCCUCUUUUUUUUUUUCCCUCUUUUCCUUUCCUCCCCUCCCUCCCCUCCUCCUUUUGUUCUCUCUCUCCUCUUUUUAAUUCGUUUCUUGCAUGAUCAGAGAGCUAUUGGCGCAACAUACACCUCCGGCUGCCAGCCUUUUACUCUUCUUUAUAGUCUUUGAUUAAUCAAUCUGUAUUCUUCUUCUGUAUCUAUUACAGUCCCUUUUUUCUUCAUUUUAACUUUUCUAAACCUUUCGCGCCUUUCAGACAAGAAUUUCUCCCUUUCAAUUUUGAUAAUUGCCCUUCUUCUUGUCUUUUUGCGUCAAAAGAUCAUUUCCCCUUCUACAAUCCAAUAGAAUAUUGCAAGACAGACAUAACCUUACUACUUCCCACGUGUUCG